AUGAGGGGAGACGCGCAGACGGGGAUACGCGGAGACGUGGAGACAAGCUGCAUGAGAGAAGAUAUUCGGGACAGAGAGCGUAAGGAAAUAGUCGGCAUUGGAGUCAGCAUCAAAGAAGAGCUCAUCGAAGAUGUCACCGAAGAUACAUGCCUGGAAAUUAAAGAGGAGCCGCUUGAUUAUGGAGAUGAAACAAGAAAUGGUGUGUGUAAUGUGAAUGUGAUACAUGAAAGCCAUUUCUGUCAUAACCUUCAUGAUCUAAGACCUGAGGCACAUGCAAAAGACUCAUGUAACUUGGUUCAGGAUUGUAAUGACAUGUCAAAAGUGCAAUUUGGGGCUAAGGACUGUGGGAAGACGUGGAAAGUGGAAUCCACAAGGAAAUGUUUUGCAUGUGAGGUGUGUGGCAAGGAAGUGUCUCAAAAGAGUCACAUUAACUUUCACAUGGGAUUCCACACAAUGGAAAUGCCAUACAACUGCGAGAUUUGCAAUAAGACAUUCCCAUCCAAAAGCGAUCUAGAAAAACAUGUUGACGUACACACAGAGGGGAAGCUAUACAACUGUGAGAUAUGCAGCAAGGUCUUCUCAUAUGAACCUAGUUUUUUUAAUCAUAUGUUAAUGCAUACAGUGGAGAAACCAUACAGCUAUGAAAUUUGCAACAAGGUCAUCUCACAGAAACACAAUCUGGUGAAGAACAUGAGAGUGCAUACAAAGAAGAAGUCAUAUAGCUGUGACACUUGCAGUAAAACAUUUUCUGAGAGAAGGGGUCUUGUAAAACAUAUUAGGGUGCAUAAAGAAGAGAAGCCAUACAACUGUGAAAUUUGCAACAAUACCUUCUUAUGGAAAUAUAAUCUGCCACACAGCUGUGAAAUUUGCAAGAAGGCCUUUUCUAAGAGAAGUCAUCUUGUAAUGCACAUUAGAGUACACACAAAAGAAAGGCCAUACAACUGUGAAAUUUGCAGCAAUACCUUUGCAUGGAAAAAUAAUUUGGUGAGGCACAUGAAAAUACAUACAGUUGAUAAACCAUACAGCUGUGAGAUUUGCAAUAAAGCCUUUUCUGAGAAAGGCCAUCUUGUAAAGCACACUAGAGUACAUACAAAGAAGCCUUAUAACUGCAAGAUUUGCAACAAAUAUUUCUUUGGGCAAACUCAUGUUAUUGAUCAGGGCAGUCAGCAGCUACUCCUGGUCAUAGCAUUUAAGGAAACUGCUCCUCUGCCACUUAAUAUGGUGAAUGGAAGUUACCCCUUCUUCUCCUUUAAACAGGACUCUGAAUUAUCCACCCGGGCCAUCACUCAUCCUACACAGUACUGCCACUAUCCAUAUCACUCCAUCUUCCUCCCCCCCUCGUCCUCCUACUGCUUCCACCACUACAGACCUUUUGAGUACCCUUUUUGUCCCAGCCAAGGGGAUCAAUUCUUUGUGAUUCCCCCUACAGCCCUGCACUCUGACAAAAGAACUGUUUCCAUCUCUCCAAAUAACUGUCCUGUCUACAAUAAGGACUUGUCAGACUGUGAAAAGAACUUGUUCGCGUGUCUCAUCGACUGGCAGGUCCAGUGCUACCCUAUUCCUCCCAGAGGCCAAUGCAAGUCAUACACCAGCUUGCCAAGAUUAGUUUCCGUAGACAUGACCGCCCCUAUGAUUGCUGCCCUCUAUGUGUCCAACCUGGUAAUGACCAUUUGA